AAAGCCCGUAAAAUAUGACAUAAUUUCGUUUCAGGAGCUUUAAUAUCGAAUAGCAUUGUCAUGCUCCGUCCAUUCUAUCUGUACACUGCGUAUACCAUAUCGCGAGAAUUGUCAUCUUUGACCCGUUUGCACAGGUCCGACAUCAUUCAUAUUAAUAUGUUUGUGUUAUAAUCUACUUUGCAUAAUAUAUCAAACACUACUCUGAAUAUUAUGUACCUAUGGGAAACUUUUCGCAGUUGUAGAAAUUGGCUCAGUUCUCAAAGUUAUGUCCCACCAAUAACUUGGAGAACAGAAAAUGAUUCAGUUAUUAGCGCCUAAUUUAUAGUCUCCUUGGAAAUGAUAAAGAGCCAUGGACUGUUUAGUUUCUCAAUGCCAAGGUUGAAAAAACUUAGUGUUCGGGCAUUUGUUUAUUGGUACGAAACCAUACUUCAAUUUAACUUGUCUCACGUUCAGAGAUAAGGUCACAAUUAAUAGCACCACAUCGAGAGCCACAAAGACUGAAGUAUGCGCGCAAUUAACAUGUGGAACAAAAUUUUACUAACUUUCGGUGUAACUUUGAUAGUAGUCGGGUUGGUGCUCUUAUUUUGCUUUUCGAGUCUAGUCACGUUAAUUCUAAAUAAUUCCUUAACAUUAAGUGCAAAUAGUAAAGCGUUCGAAGAAUGGCGAAAAACGCGACCGAUACCUAUGGACAUGUACUUCUUUAACUGGACUAAUCCGGACGAUAUUUAUAAUCCAGACAUUAAACCAAACUUUGAGGAAGUGGGACCGUACAAGUUAUUUCACGUACGUGAGAAAGUGAAUAUUACGUGGAACGAUAAUGAUACUGUCACCUACAAACAUUUGUUAAGUUAUUACUACGACGAUAACUCACCUAGUAAUCUGUCGGAUGUUAUAACCACAAUCGAUAUGGUUGCGUUGUCAAUGGCACAAAGGACCAAGGAUUCGUUUUUCUUCGUUAAAAACCCAGUCAAGCUGGCUUUGAUGUUUUCCAACAUUUAUGUCCGGAAGACUGCUAGGGAGCUUAUGUCGGGCUACGAAACGAGUAUUAUGGCGGCAGCAAACGCGUUGAAUUUUGUAACUGGAGAAAAUGCGCCUGAUAAAUUUGGAUAUUUGUAUGCAGCUAACCAAACGAUCGGAUUCGAUGGUACUUACAACGUACGAAAUACCGUCGGCGAUGAUUUUGGCGCAUUAAAGAACUGGAAUUACAACAACUUCACGCUAUUCUACGAAGGCCAGUGCGGAAAAAUAAAUGGUUCUGCCGGUGAACUCUAUCCCCAAAAUUUGAAACCCGACCACAUCACAUUCUUCAGCGCAGAUCUCUGUCGUCCACUCGAGUUUACUUUCGAGGAAAACCAGACGGUAGAAGGUAUUCCCAGUUAUAAGUAUUCCGCCAAAGAUGCAGUAUUUGAUAACGGCACGUUAGUUACUCGAAAUAAAUGCUUUUGCACCGGUAGAUGUUUUCCUUCCGGUGUACUGGACAAUUCCGCGUGUCGAAGUGGCGUUCCGUUGUUUUCGUCUUUACCACACUUUUACUACGCGGAUGAGUUCUACAGAAACAAAAUUGAUGGAAUGAAACCCGAUAAGGAUAAACACGAGUUCUAUUUCACAUUUGAACCGAAUAUCGGCAUAGUUACCAGCACAGCAGCCAGGUUACAAGUCAACGUAUGGCUAGAACCACUGGAAGACUUUCAGUUAUACAAAAACGUUCCCGAGCUAAUGAUCCCAAUUUUUUGGACCCAGCAACAGGUUGUCCUGUACGAAGAGCAUGUCGCAAAUGUCAAACUGUUCCUUAUAUCGCCAACGAUAAGCAAGAUCUCUUCACUAGUAAUGAUUGUUGUGGGAUUAGUAUGUAUAGGUUACGUGUUAGUUAUACUUUAUUUGAACGAGAGGAGGGUGACAAAAAGUAAAUUAUGGAAGAAUGAAAUUGCGCUUAAGUAGAAAAUGUGCCUUAGGUAUAGUUAUAUUAACUAUUGUAAAUAAAUUUUAUUACGACUGUUAUUAA